AUGGCCAAAAGAAAUCUCAGCACUUUGACAGAGUUUAUUCUUGAAGGCUUCACAGGUCACCCUGAACUGGCAGUUCCUCUCUUCAUAGUGUUUCUCAGCUCCUAUCUUGUCACUCUUCUGGGGAAUGUAGGCAUGAUUAUUCUAAUCCAAGUGGAUGCCCAACUCCACACCCCCAUGUACUUCUUCCUGAGCCACCUUGCCUUCCUGGAUGCCUGCUUUGCCUCAGUAAUCACCCCUCAGAUUCUGGCCACACUGGCCACAGACAAGUUGGUCAUCUCCUAUGGCCACUGUGCUGCACAGUUCUUUUUCUUCACCGUCUGUGCAGGCACGGAGUGUUACCUGCUGUCAGUGAUGGCCUAUGACCGCUUUGUUGCCAUUAGCAAUCCACUGCGCUACAACAUGAUCAUGACUCCAGGUACAUGCAGGGUCUUAUUGGCCGUGGCCUACAUCUGUGGGGUGUCAGGGGCCAUUCUGCGUACCACAUGCACCUUCACCCUCUCCUUCUGUGGUGACAAUCAGAUCAACUUCUUCUUCUGUGACCUCCCACCCCUGCUGAAACUCGCCUGCAGCAGCAUGACACAAACUGAGAUUGUCAUUCUCUUUUUUGCAAAAUUCAUGUUCCUAGCCAAUGUCAUGAUUAUCCUGAUCUCCUACAUGCUCAUUAUCAGAGCCAUUUUGAGGGUGGAGUCGGCAGGUGGGCGAGCCAAGGCCUUCUCCACCUGCACAUCCCAUCUCACCACUGUUGUCCUCUUCUUUGGGACACUUGCCUUCAUGUACCAGAGAAGUAACUCUGACAAAUCCUCAGAGGAAGACAAGAUAGUGUCUGUCUUUUACACUGUAAUCAUCCCUAUGUUGAACCCCUUGAUCUACACUCUGAGGAACAAAGAUGUAAAAGCUGCAUUCAGAAAAGUCAUUGGCAAAUUCCAGUUUCCAAGGAACAUAGCUUUCAGUAAGGGCCCUUCAUUGUGACCCAUCUUUUCUCCAGGUCUUCAUAUUCCAAUGGGCAUCAACACCAGCUGGUGCUUUCCCCCAACAGUGUACAGUAGGUAGUUUUCUUCAGCACCUGGAAGUGUGCAGGAACUACCUGUCCUUAGAGAAAAGUACAAGUUUCAUGAUGUUUGUUUGGAUGACCUCCUCUCCCUCCAUUUUCUAACCCCCUCUCUCUUUAGCCCUCUCAAACUUUGUGGGU